GACUAUAGAUCACAUGAGUAACAAGUGAAGGCGUAACCAACCCAGAUACAUUUCAUGGGCAUAGCCGGGAGUUGAGGAAGAAGUUUUUUUUAUUAAACUUUGAACAACGGGGAAGUAUAGUGUUAAUAAUGAAGUUCUGUGGACCGAAGCUGUCGCUCUGCGGACUUAUUAUAAGCGUUUGGGGUAUCAUACAACUUGUACUUAUGGGUAUAUUUUAUUAUGUACGGAGUGUGGCAUUGGCAGAUGAUCUUCCUGGUGUGGAAAAGGAAUUUGAGAAUCUUAGCGAGUUCUAUGCUGCUGCUGAUGCAGGGUACUUGCAGAAUGCCUACAACUGUUGGAUUGCAGCAUGCCUCUACAUUUUCACACUUCUAAUAUCAGGACAUCAGUUUUAUGUUAAUAGUCGCUCAUCUUUAAGUAUGUGAGACACUGAACAAGUAAAUGAAAAAAAUUAUCAAAUUUCUUCCAUUUUCUUGGUCCAAUCACCUGAAAGAAAUAUGUAGCCUCACAUUUUAAAUUUUGAAAUCCAGGUGAACCACACAAGUAUUUCUGUAAAAGUAAGUUUGGUAUAAGUAAUGCAUACUUAGUGAAGUUUCAUAAUUUAUUCGUUUUGAGUAACAAUGCUCAAUUAUCUUUUAAAACUAAGGUGGUAACAGGCAUUACAGUUUUUUUCAUUUUGAAUAUAUCAGUAUUAGCCAUGGUGUAAUUGUUUCCCAAAUGCUUACAAGAAGUCGUAUCUAAAUAGGUUAAUGAUGCUAGUGAGGUUUUGUUUUUCAAAGGUUGAAAGUUUCAAAGAUUUCAUUGUAAAUGUGUAUCAUAGAUAAUUAUUAUAGCGGUAAAAUAAUCUAAGUUUAUAUGAAAAUUGUGUGUUGAUACUGUACGUAAUAGGACAGUUGCAUUUGCUGUAAAAGUAUAUACUUCACUAUUUUCUUUCUCUCUCUCUCUUUAUUUUUUUACAAAGAGUUUUCACUACAAACUGUUGAUAAUUUUUCAGUUGAAAACAAAAUGCACAAUUCAGUGGAUAUAGGGCAUUUUAUGAUUAUUAGUAUUUCAGUAUUGAAAAUGUGCAGAAUUAAUUAUUUCCACUGUUGCAUUUUUAUGCAGAUAGAAAUACUGUUUUAGUUCUGUGUGAUAGUUUAAUUUUAUAACUAGAACACUCUACUCUGUGUAUUUAUAAGAUUUGCUGCUGAAUAAUUACAUUCCUGUAUUUGAAAGAUGAGAGAACUUUAUCUUAAGGAUGCUGGUAACUUUUUACAACCAGACAACAGGAAAUUGUCAUUUUUCUCACAACCAUGAUGUAAAUACUUCCUUGUGUAAAUAAAGCUUUGUUUGUGAAACAGUCA